AAAUAUGUCUAAUUAUUAUUAUGUAAAGUACUUUUACCCUCGUCCCUGUUCUAGAAAUCAUUUUCUCAAUUUAUCCGAUUCCAAAUUAUAUUACUUUGUUCAUGUACAAACAUCUGUAAGUUUAAAUAAAUUUGCGUUUAAAUUGUGAAUCUGGCAACUUGUCCCACCUCUGCUGCUGUUCCUCUGUUAAUCAACACUGUUAUCAAAUAACAUCUCGCGCACACUCCUGGGCUGACUGCUGCCUCAACAUCAUUGGCCAAUAGCAGGAUGACGUCAGAGACUGGACUGAAUGUGAUUGGUUGAUUUGUUUAUGACAUCCAAUCACACCAUAGAGCUGGUGUGAGCUGCUAGCAGUGUGUUGAAUGGACAGAAUGGGGAGAGUUGUGUUGGUGACUGGUGCAAACAGUGGCGUAGGCCUGGCCCUGUGUGAGCGCCUCCUAAGUGAAGAUGCACAGCUCCAGCUGUGUCUGGCCUGCAGGAAUGAGCAGAGGGCUGCUGCAGCCCGUCAGUCUUUGCUCAUCUCUCACCCUAAAGCUCAGGUUUCCCUCGUUCGGCUAGAUGUGGGCAGCAUGCGCUCUGUCCUCAGUGCUGCCGAGGAGAUCCGAACGAGAUUCAACAGGCUUGACUACCUCUACCUUAAUGCUGGGAUCAUGCCUAGUCCACAGGUGGAUUUCAUGGCUCUCUAUAAAGGCUUGUUUUCUGGUAAAGCAAUCCACAUGUUUUCUACGGGAGAAGGGUUACUGACGCAGAAAGACGACGUCACAUCUGAUGGUCUACAACAAGUGUUUGCUACCAACCUGUUCGGCCACUUCUUACUGGUCCGGGAAUUGGAGCCCCUGUUAUGCCAACCAGGCCACAGCUCUCUGGUGAUCUGGACCUCGUCUAGCAACGCACGGCGUUCUGCUUUCAGUCUGGAUGACCUGCAGCACAAGCAAGGCACAGAACCGUACAGCUCCUCUAAAUACGCAUCUGACCUGCUGAGCCUGGCCCUGAACCGUCAUUAUAACAGCCAGGGUCUGUUUUCAUCAGUGAUCUGUCCCGGAUUGGUGAUGACUAACCUCACAUACGGCAUCCUCCCCUCCUUCUUCUGGACCCUUAUCAUGCCAAUAAUGUGGCUGAUAAGAAUCUUCACCAAUACCUUCACCCUCACACCUUAUAACGGGGCCGAGGCUUUGUUUUGGCUGUUCAAGCAGAAACCGGAGACACUGGAUCCGAUGGUCAAAUACCACAGUUUAACCUCCGGACUGGGAAACAAUUACACACAAUGCCGCAAGGUCAGAACUAUGGAUAUUGAUGACACUACCUCAGCAGCACUUUACAAGAAACUUCUAGAAAUGGAGAAAACCCUGAGAAAGAAACUGAAGGAUGAAGAUGGAGCAUAAACCAAAUAAAUAAAUAAGUUGAUUACAAAGUUUUUAAACUUUUACAUUUAAAUAGCUCUGCUAUUCUAUCUAUAUAUCUAUAUAUUCCUAAGACACGAAUGUAUGGAUUAUGACAAUACACCUACGUGCCUUAUGUGCUUUUAUUUUAUCCAGACAUUUCUCUUCAACAUUCCAACAAUAAAAUAUUUAUUAAACCUU